AUGGAGACAAGGCAAGAGGAACUAGAGGGACUGGAUGCCAGGAGUGCCAAGGGCUUGGGAACUGGAGGGGGCCAGACAUCAGGUUGGGGGCUGGUUAGGAUGAGUUUCAGGUUGGUGGAAUCACCUAUUGGCAUUGAUUCGUCACUGAUGGAGCCCCAGGAUUUACCCCCCGCUUCACCACCUCUGGAGUCCUACCUCUGUCCACUCCAAUAUCCACCUUCGGACCAAACAUCACUCCUCCUCUCACUCCUCCUAUCACUCCUCACCUUCCGUCCCUCUCCUACCCUAUCCCCAUUCGCUCCGAUAUCCACCUUCGGACCUGACAUCACUCCUCUUACUCCUCUCCUUCAUCCCUCUUCUGCCAACCUCCACCAAAGUUAUGACCUUCUGCCACAGUCCUGUACCCCAUACUUGGACACCGCUUUGUACCUUCGCUCCAAGAUCCUGUCAUGGUUCCAACCUUGGACUUUGACUCCACCUCAGCUUAAGUCCAUUGCAUUGGUGACCUCAUUCUAUGUAAACACCAUUGCCAAUAUUUCUUGGACUUUCAACCCUGCCUCUCAACCUCCAAGCUUCAUGGACCAUACUUGGCAUUUUCACCACUCGUAA